AUGGCUUCCAAGAAUGCAGACGGUACAAGCAACGCAGCGACAAAAGGUAGCAACUCUGGCUCCUCUUCCGGCUCUGGUUCAUCCGGCAAGGGUGGAAGCAGCGGCAGCACCAAUGCCAACACCACCGACCCUAACGCUCCCGUCACACCGCUGCCCAGGUGGAAUUUCACAGAUCCCAACCAAAAGAUGAUCGGCGUCAACAUUGGAAAUUGGCUUGUGCUGGAACGUUGGUUGGAUGAGGACUGGUUCACUCAGACGGCAGGUGACAACGCCUAUGACGAGUGGGACUUUUCUCAAAGCCUUGGCAACAAGGCUCUGUCCACUUUGCAAGACCACUGGAACACUUGGGUAACAGAAGCCGAAAUUGACACGCUGGUCGCGGCUGGUAUCAACACAUUCCGUCUCAACGUCGGACAUUGGGCUUUCAUCCCGGCGGCGUCAGGCGAGCCCUACCUCGCCAUGUCUGGGCAAAAGGAGCAGCUCGACAAGAUGCUCGGCUGGCUCUACGACCGAAAAGUCUAUGCCAUCAUCGACCUGCACGGAAUGCCAGGAUCUCAGAACGGGGACCAGUCCAGCGGACACCGAGGAAACAUCGGCUGGUUCACCCAAGACAACGUUGGUCGCUCUUACGACACUGUCAAUGCAGUCGUGGCGUGGCUCUCAAACCACAAGUACAAGUCUGUUGUGCACUCUGUGGGCAUCAUCAACGAACCUCAGUCGCACAAUGACGACGACAGGCUUCAAAUGCUCAGGAGUUACUAUGAAGGCACUUACCAGAUUUUGAGCAAGGCCGGACUCACAACUUUCUUCCACCACGCUUUUGUCAACAACCAGAAGCCGCUUGACUACUGGCGCGACUUUGCCACCGGCAAGGAUCCCAACCUACUUGUCUACGAGGACCACCCUUACCCCGGUUACUUCCCACUGAACAAGGAUGCUAGCUCGAUUGUCAACACUAUUUGCGACCUUGCGCAACAAUCUGUGGGCUAUCCGGUCCCAGUGUCCUACAUGGAGUGGAGCGCGGUCAACGGCGUCGAACAAGAUGGGUUCACCCAGUCUUACUACAACACCCAGCUCUCCGCCUUUGCCUGGUCCGCCGGUUCUACAUUCUGGACCUUCAAGGCAAAGCACAGCAGCAACCCGCGAGAGGCUAUUGCAAGCUAUUUGAUGGAUGAAUACAGCCUCGUGACCUUGAUCGCGAACGGAAUCGUGGCCAAGACGGCAAACAAGGAUCAAUCGCUGAGCACGAUCAAGGCUCUGCCUAACCAACAAUGUGGCAACAUUCCAGUUGCAAGCUGGUCCAACCCCUCCAAGACGGGUGCUGGCUACAGCGGUCGUCGUCGAGACAUCUCUGAAGAGGCGGUCCCGCAACAGCACCUUGUUCGUCGCAUGCGGAGCAAGCGCUCCAUGAGCGCCUAA